AUGUGUAUCAGUAAAGAUAAUGGAGGUUUAGGGAUCAAAAAUCUUGAUAAAUUGUGGUGCAUCAUUCUUAAAAACAAAUAUUUCCCCAAAGAUGACCCUUUGUUUUAUAGGAAGAAAACCAAAAAGUCUUGGGUUUGGACCAGCAAAUGUAAGGGUUUAGAUAUCAUAAGAGAUAACCAUGGUUGGGAGUUAGGAAAUGGUAAGGAUAUUCAGAUUUGGAAUGAUAAAUGGUUGCCUAAUGGUAAAUUCCCUAAACCUAAGGAUGUUAACGACAUGCAUUUGGUUCAUAAAGUGUCGGAUAUUAUAGAUAAUAGGGGUAACUGGAACUUUGCAUUGAUUAGUAACCUGUAUGUUGUUGUUGAAAUUGAUGAAAUCGGAAUGUUAGAACCAUGUAAUAGCUAUGAGAAAAAACAUACUAGGAAAUGGAUGGGAACCAGAGAUGGUAUUGUUUCAGUGAAAUCUGCAUACAAUUAUCUUUGUAAUAGAAAUCAUGCUAACCUUACAGUUGAAUGGAGAGGCAUCUGGAAAUUAAAUGUUAUUCCUAGAGUUAAAUCAUUUCUUUGGAAAUCCUUGAGUGUUUGUCUUCCAGUUAGGGAAACUCUUGGUAAAUAUACUCCGAUAGAUAUAGUUUGCCCCCUCUGCAAUUAUAAUGUUAGAGAAACAGUCGAACAUUUAUUUACUGAGGGCUUAUUCUCUGAAGCUAUCUGGAGAGGUUUAUCUUUUUCCAGUACCUUUUAUGCUGCUGCGAAUGAAAGCUUUAUUAGCUGGUGUUUGUAUUGGUUGAAAGAUACUAACAACAGGAAUUUCCUUGCUUACAUUUCAUGGUAUAUUUGGAAAUAUCGUUGUAGGGUUGUUUUUGAUAACAUUAAAGCUAACCCUAAAGCUCUGAUUGAAUUCAUUAGGAAAGAUAUUCAUUACUAUAUUAAGCAUGCUCUUUUGGGAAGGUUGUUCGUGCUAAUAGAUGUGAUAUUUCUCAUCCUUGUUGCAGCUACUUCACAGGUGGUCCAGGAUGGUGUUCUAGCCCAGAAGAAGCUGAAUCCAGAGCUUUCCCAGAAGCCAUCAAAUGGUCAAGAGAUUGCGGAAUCCACAGAAUAA